GCGGCGCCUCCAGCACCGCAGCGAUCGGCCCCGUGGCGGCGGGGGCAGCCUGGCCGGGCGAUGGCGGAGCUGUAGCAGCCGCGGGGCCGGUGCGGGCGGCGGGCUAUGGCGGCGGCACGGCUGCGGGUGGCCCUGUGGGUGCUGUGGCAUUUUGGAGUGGGCGGUCGCGGGUUGGAGCUGGCGGGACUGGAGGGCCCGCGGGGGCGCGCGGCGCGGUGCCAGCCUGUGGACAUCCCGAUGUGCCGGGGAAUCGGGUACAACCUGACCCGCAUGCCCAACCUGCUGGGGCACGAGAGCCAGCGUGAGGCCGCCCUGAAGCUGCACGAGUUCGCCCCGCUGGUGGAGUACGGCUGCCACGUUCACCUGCGCUUCUUCCUCUGCUCCCUCUACGCACCCAUGUGCACCGAUCAGGUGAGCGCCAGCAUCCCUGCCUGCCGCCCCAUGUGUGAGCAGGCCCGCCACAAGUGUGUCCCCAUCAUGGAACAGUUCAAUUUCGGCUGGCCUGAGUCACUUGACUGUGGCAGGUUGCCCACCAAGAAUGACCCCAAUGCCCUCUGCAUGGAGGCCCCUGAAAAUGCCUCAGCCGCUGAGCCGCACAAGGGACAGGGGAUGCUGCCUGUGGCCCCCCGGCCUUGGCCACCUGGUACCGCUACUGAGGGACGGGGACCCAAUGGGCUGGGAGCUUGCGACAAUCCUGAGAAGUUCCAGUACGUGGAGAAGAGCCUCUCAUGUGCACCCAGGUGCUCCCCCGGGGUGGAUGUGUACUGGUCCCGGGAGGACAAGGACUUUGCCUUCAUUUGGAUGGCUGUCUGGUCCACCCUCUGCUUCGUCUCCACUGCCUUCACCGUCCUUACUUUUCUGCUUGACCCCCACCGCUUCCAGUAUCCUGAGAGGCCCAUCAUUUUCCUCUCCAUGUGCUACAAUGUCUACUCUGUGGCCUUCAUCAUCCGCUCUGUGGCCGGGGCUGAGAACAUUGCCUGUGACCGGGAGAACGGUGAGCUCUACAUCAUACAGGAGGGGCUGGAGAGCACAGGCUGCACCAUUGUCUUCCUCAUCCUCUACUAUUUCGGCAUGGCUAGCUCUCUCUGGUGGGUUGUCCUCACCCUCACCUGGUUCCUGGCUGCUGGGAAGAAGUGGGGACAUGAGGCCAUUGAGGCCCACAGCAGCUACUUCCACAUGGCUGCCUGGGGCAUCCCAGCUAUGAAGACCAUUGUCAUCCUCACCAUGCGGAAGGUGGCAGGGGAUGAGCUCACGGGGCUGUGCUAUGUGGGGAGCAUGGACGUCAGUACCCUGACUGGCUUUGUCCUCAUCCCCCUCUCCUGCUACCUGGUCAUUGGCACCUCCUUCAUCCUCACUGGCUUUGUUGCCCUCUUCCACAUCCGGAAGAUCAUGAAGACGGGUGGCACCAACACAGAAAAGCUGGAGAAGCUGAUGGUGAAGAUUGGGGUCUUCUCCAUCCUCUACACCGUCCCGGCCACCUGUGUCAUUGUCUGCUACUUCUACGAGCGGCUGAAUGUGGAUUACUGGAUGCUGCGGGCACUGGAGCAUGGCUGCCUACCCCUGCCUGGCCGCCAUGCCACCGACUGCUCCCUUGAGGCCUCGGUGCCCACUGUGGCUGUCUUCAUGCUAAAGAUUUUCAUGUCACUGGUGGUGGGCAUCACCAGUGGGGUGUGGGUGUGGAGCUCUAAAACGCUGCAGACCUGGCAGAGCCUGUGCAACAGGCGGCUGGGCAUGAGGACGCGGAGCAAGCCCUGCAGUGGGGUCAGCUGUGGCGGGGGACACUGCCACUAUAAAGCCCCCACAGUCAUGCUGCACAUGACCAAGACGGACCCGUACCUGGACAACCCGACUCAUGUCUAGAGACAGGGGCUGCCCCCCACACUGGAAGAAGUGGCCUCACGGGUAAGGGGCAAGGGCAAGGGCUGUGUGCAGCAGGAGGGACACUCCCAGGUUUAGGGGGGCAAGGUUGCAGGAUCCCCCAGCACCACUCACUGACAAGUAGCCGCUUUUUCCUAGAGGAUGUUUUGUUGUUGCUGUUGCCAAAUCCACUGACUCUUCUAACGCUUUCUUUGGGGGAUGGCGGGGAAGGGACACGGAGAGGAAUAAUCCAUCUGUGUUUAUUUAAUUCUGUAAUUUAUUUUAAAUUUUUUUUGAUCGUUAGCUGCAAGGAAUGGAAAAAACAAUAAACCCUGGAUGUGUUAUUUGA